AUUGAAAGGAGUUUUUAUUUUUAUGAAGUGAAGAACAAUUUAUUGUGUUCUGCGAAGCCGCAUUCCAUACGUCGACGUAUCGAAACCGCCCGCGAAGCCGAAUUUUAUACGUCGACGUAUCGAAACCGCCCGCGUGCAAAGACUUUAGACUGAGAUUGAAGGAAAAUCGUAUCCGACCCCAUGCGAUCUUCAUGCCUCAGGGGUCCACAGUUUGGAAUAGCUCUCAAUUUGACUCUCUGCUCGGACUGCUUCACACACUAUGCCGAAAGCAGCUCUUUCCUGUUUUUAGUGCUGGAAGAAAAACCCCUGGUUUCUUUAUAAACACACCGCUUUUUACUCCUUUGCCGUACCCCACCACCUUAGCGAGGGUUGCUGUACCUUUGCUGAGCUUUGCCUGGGAAGCGAUUCGACCCUGUGACCUGCGUUUUGCUUUGUAAAAUUGUGGUUUUUUUUGUGAAAAAUGGAGAGAAUUGCUGUGAUUUGCUUUGCUGUGAUGGCUUUGCUCGGGAGCGUGAUCGCAGAGACGCCUGCGCCCUCUCCUACCUCGGAUUGUCUUAGCUACAUCACAACGCUUGCGCCGUGUUUGAAGUUUGUAACGACUCCGACUAAUCAGACUAAGCCGGAUAAGGAUUGCUGCACAGCGCUUUCGACGGUUGUUUCAACCAAGGUGACUUGUCUGUGCUUGCUACUGGAUCCUAGUAAUUCUCUCGGGUUACAGAUCAAUAUAACGCAGGCUUUGGCUCUUCCUGCGGCUUGUAAUGUCAAGACACCGUCUGUCAGUCAGUGUAACGCAGCUGCGCCUGGCACUUCUAAGCUUACCACACCUGUGUCUUCUCCCACAGCGAGCUCUCCAGUAAUAUCACCGGUCAUGUCUCCAGCCGAAUCACCAGCAAUGUCUCCAGCCAAAUCACCAGCAAUGUCUCCACUUUUAUCUCCGGCUACAGCACCAGUUAUGUCACCGACUGUGUCUCCCGUUCCAUCACCAGCGUCUUCGCUAGCUUCAUCUCCAUCCCCUGUUUCAAGUCCACCCGCCUUAGUGCCCUCCUCAGCCCCAGUCACAGGUGGAACAGCGCAAGCGCCAGGGCCAGGAAGUACAGUUUCUACGCCUCCAUCCCCCAAAUCUCCUGCUACCGCUCCUGGUGCCCAAAAUGCUGAAAAUGCGGGGACUAUUUUUGCACCCUCUGCUAUAUUUGUAUUGGUGGGAUUGGCGCUGGCCACUUUCCAGUGGUGAAGAUAAUAAAUGCUUCUAUUUAUAGUUAGCGAUUUACAAGGUUAGAAUCUUUUUAGAGAGAGAAACAGGGUCAGUAAAAUUUGUCGGUAUACUUAAAUCUCCAUUCUAUCUGAUACCUUUGUGUAGUAGCGCACAGAUUUAUGGAUUACUAUUAAUAUUAUUGUAAUCCAUUCAUUCCUUUU